AACACAACACUGCUGGAGUGGGAAAUAAAUAAAUAAAUAAAUAUAAAUAGUCGCCAAGUAAACUGUUUAUUUCGCAACAGAAACGAGCUAUUAAUGUGCAUGAAAAUGCAAACACCAUAAAAAAUGUGAAUUGUGCGUGAAUUGGAACGCAAAUACCUAAUGUUGUUCCUGCAGAAAUGUGCUCGCUAGUCUAGUGCAUUGAUAUUAAUCCAAAGAAACCCCCAGGGUCAUAUGCAUUUUACCAACACAAAGCCAACAUCAUAUACCUAAUUAAUUACCAUAUACCCUACUAUUGACUAACUGAUCAAACUUCAAAAUGGACGAAGACAUUAUGAAUGCAGUAGAAUCUCUUUUCGGCAAGGAUGUUAAAAUUGUGGACUGCGAAACGUCGUCUUCGGUGCAACAGGAGGAGGUGCUGCUGAUCAAUGGUGUGCCGGUCAAAUUGGAUGGCCUGCCGGCGGAUGAUGCCAGUGCCAUUAAGAGCGCUCUGCUCGAUGGACAGAUGCCGGCUGUAGAGCAUUUGAACCAGUUGCUGUUUCGUGCUGGACUCGCGCAACAGCCCAUUGAAGUGGAAACAUCGCUGACUGUUAAAUCCUCGCUAACCACCACCGAGGAGGUGCUGGUCUCCCGUAACGGACAGGUGCUGGACGAACGAACUGUCGAAACCAAAGAGCACUUCAACCAUCAGUCACACCAGAAAGAGAUCUGGCAGCCAGUUCAACAGCAAAACGCAUUGGCACGUGCGACGCCAGAGAAUGCGUUGAAGUAUCGGACAAAUUCGAACUCCACGUUCUCUUCACAGACAACAACUGAUGGGGAGCCAAAUAGAGCUGGUGAUCCUUUGGGUCGUCAAUUGAAUCAAACCUUUUCAAAUGCCUCACUCAUGUCGAGCAGCUCUGCCAUUACCGGCUCGGAUCAAGUGAUUGGCUCGGCCUCUGCCUCUAAUGUGUCAACUGCCACAACCCUGGGCGAGAAGAGCUCGAAUAUAAGCAGUUGCGAUUCGGGCCACGACGGCCUCUUCCACAGCGUCUCAAUGAGUAUGCCCUAUACGCAAAUCAAUGUUCGCGACACGCAAACAGAUUCUUUGUACUGUGACAUUCCCAGCUCGGCUGAUGAAGCUGACGCCGUGUCGGUCGCUAUGCUGAGCACGCACCUACAAAUCACAGAGCCAUGCGAUUUAGUUAACGAUUGCCAAACAACGCCAGCUUAUGCCAAAGACUUGCCAGCCGCUGGUAAUUUGAGCACACUUGUCUCGCUUCUGGCCAGCUGCAAAAACGAGGACAUGGAAUUAGCAUUUAUAUUAUGCGCUCGUCUGUUUGUACCAAUGCAAGAACUGCUGUCCAUGUUGAUUCAACAGUGCCACGGACAAGAAGAUGAGCUCCUGCGUCUCCUGAGCCACUGGUUGCGCAUAUGCCCCAAUGACUUUCGGAACGAGACACUGCUUCAACAGUUGCGCAAACAGAACGGCAACAAAGCUUUAAGCUCCUUUCUUGAUUGCCUGCCCGACACACUUGAUCGCCAGGAUGCAAGUCGACGCUCACAACUACAGUAUAUGCUGGCCAAGCAGGCCUCGGCCAGUUCGUUGGGGCGACAGAGCAGUAUUAAGUCACUAAAACGUUUUGCUGCGAAUGUUUAUAAAACAGAUAAUGUGCUCACCAAGUGCAGCAGCGCAUUUGAAUUGGCACACCAGCUUUAUGCCAUUGAAUAUGCCUACCUUUCGCAGUUACGACUGGAAGAGUUUAUAGAAUUGAUAAGCAACGGCGAAUUUAAAGUGUGCAUGUCACAAACAAAGGCCAGCACGUUAGGCUCCCACUGCACCUCAGCAAAACAGGCUGAUGUAAGCAUUGAAGCCUACGUGCAGUGGUUCAAUCAGCUCUCCUCAUUAACUGCCACGGAGAUACUCAAGCUUGGCAAAAAGUCCCAGCGUGCGCAGAUGAUUGAGUUCUGGAUUGAAACAGCUUUGGAAUGUUUUAAUAUCGGAAAUUUUAACAGUUUGAUGGCUAUUUUGACAGCUCUCAAUACGACAAAUAUAUCACGGCUUAAGAAAACUUGGUCUAAGCUGCAGACAACCAAAUUUGAGGGCUUGGAACAUCAAAUGAAUCCCAGUUCUGAUUUUCAAAACUAUCGAUCAACCAUGAAAGCCGCCAUUUGGCGGUCCGAACGCGAAACAGCUAAUAAAAUUGAACGUGCCAUCAUACCAUUCUUCUCGCUAUUUCUAAAGGAUAUCUACGCCAUUCAUGAGAGUCAUCCAACUAGAUUUGCUAAUGGAUUCCUUAAUUUUGAGAAGUGUACACUUCUUGGCACACAGCUGCGCAACUUUUAUAAAUGUCAACAACUUGAUUGCCCCUACGAGCAGUUGGCCAACGUUGUGGCCUAUUUGCAGAAGGCUGAAGUUUUAACUGAGGACGGUCUUAAGAAAGCUUCAUAUGAGUGCGAGUCACCAACUGAUGCUGGAGAGAGAGACCAUUACAAAACGCUGAAAACUGCAAAGUAAUAGAACAUAUUAUUCGAAAUAUACCAUAAGACAACAUAUUUUUUUAGGGCGAAAAUCGAAUCCAUUCGAGCCUCGCACAAGCUUCCAUAAAGUUUGUACACAUUAUUUUUUGUUGAUACUUCCAUGUUGCAUUUGCAAUCGCAAUAACGAUAAUAACGAUAAUAAUUUAACAUAAAGAACGCAAUCAUAUUUGUUAAUUUGUACUUAAGACUUUAGGGUACACACCAACACACAAAAUCACAUACACAUAUUAAGCUGAUUGUAAACAAUUGGUUAUUUGUAUUCAAAUUGAAGCUCCAAUAAAUUUACACAUGCAUAAUAUAUUCGUGUACUCAUAGAGUACUAAAUAU